CACAGUAGCUAACUGAUUAUUCCAAAACUUUCUUAUUUCAGUGUACGAAGUAUUCAAAUAAGAAGUAGCUUUUGAAUAUUAUGAAUACAUAUAACUACAAAAUGAGCAAGUUUUAGUUUGAAAUAUUGAAAAUGUAGUGUUACUGAUGUAUUACAUACACUGCACUUGCGGCGAUCUUAAAAUUCUCGUUAUUUUUAGUAUACCAACGCGGCGCUUUGAUUCCGAAAUAAAUUUAGUUCACUGACAUUAACAGUUGAACAACAACGAAAACAUUAGAUACGUUUGCCUAUAACAAGUUUCAGUUGUAAUAGCAGUAUUAAGUAAUGUCGGAAUUUUCGAAAUGUGCGGUGUGUCAAAAAUCUGCUGAGCAAAAGUGCGGGGGAUGCUUCAGCGUGUUCUAUUGCAGCAAAGAGCAUCAAAUUACCGAUUGGAAAACGCACAGGAAAGAUUGCUUCCCAUUUAAGAUAUGCGAGGACCCCCACCUUGGAAGGUAUCUAAAAGCCACAAAACCUAUUAAAAAAGGUGAAAAAGUCCUUCAGGAAUUGCCUUUAGUUUGGGGGCCCCUGCAGCAUACAAAACCUGUAUGUCUAGGUUGUGGUAAAGGACUAAAUUCGCAGACUUGCCGACCAUGUGAAAAAUGUGGAUGGCCAGUGUGCAGUGAACGUUGUGAAAAAUCAUCCAAUCACAUUCCUGAAUGCUCAUUUACGACGGCAGUUGGGAAAAGGAUAACAAUUGAUGUUUUUGAUGCGCCCCAUCCCAGUUACCAAUGUAUAACGCCCCUUCGGUGUUUGUACAUAAAACAGAAUAUGCCAGACAUUUGGGAAAAAUUAGACAGGUUGAAAUCUCAUUGUGAAGAACGGAAGAAAACGGAAAAAUACGAACAAGAUAAAUAUUUCGUAGCUAACUUUUUGAGAAGCUUUUUCCAAUUAGAAGAAGUUUGUACUGAUGAAGAAAUACUCAGAUUCUGUGGAAUUGUUACGGUAAACGGUCAUGAAGUUCCUUUAAAAAAACCACCCUUCGUAGCUGUGUAUGAAAAAACAUCAAUGUUUGAACACAGUUGCAAAGCCAACUGCUGCAAAACAUUUACCGCUAAGGGAGAAGUAUUGAUAACAGCCGGCGUUCCGAUAGAAAAAGGCGACCACCUUACCAUUUGCUACACUGAUCCACUUUGGGGAACCCCCAACAGACGGUAUCAUCUGUCUGAAUCCAAAUUCUUUUGGUGUGUGUGCCCUAGAUGCAGUGAUCCAACCGAAUUCGGAACAUACCUAAGCUGCUUGAGAUGCAAACUAAAAGAAUGCGAUGGUAUUUUAAUUCCUGAAACUUUUAUAAGCGAAAAUGUAACAACUCCAAUCAUUUGGACUUGCAACGCUUGCAAUAUGCAAAUAGAUGACGAAGAAGCACAGAAUAUCGUGGAACACGUUGGUCGGGACCUUCAAGCUAUGGAUAAAGAUUCAACAUCGGCAUCAAAGAAAUUUUUAGAAUACUACAGUAACAUCCUUCCAACGAAUCACUUCUAUUUAACUGACGUAAGACUAGCACUGAUAGAAAUUAUUGGUAUGGAAUUAGAGGAAGGCUUGUCCGGUGUAUCAGACGAUGAUUUGCAUUUAAAACUUCAACUGUGCAAGCAGUUGUCUUCGCUUGUUCAAAUAUUAGCACCAGCUGAAAAUCGCCUAAUGGGUACGAUACUCUUUGAACAGCAUGCUGCUAUAGCAGAAAUUGGAAGACGGAGAACAAAUUUUGGUGAAGAAGGCCAAGGGGACUUUUAUUCAACCCUACAGGAAGCCAAAAGGAUAUUAACCGAAGCCGCAACUCUGCUUAAAAACGAACCUGAAGAAAUAAGGGAAGGGAAGUUGUACAAGCAAGCAAAAUUCGCACUUGAUAAUAUGGAAAUUAUUCUUGCAAAUUUCGUAAGAGCUAAUAAAGAAACGCUCAUAUAAUACGUGCAUUACUUACAAAAAAAUAUUGUCAUAUUUUGUUACUUCAUAAUAUACUACUUAUAUACUUUUCACCAAAAUAAAUAAUUGAAUAAACCGAGCAAAACGAUUUUGCAAAA